GCCAAGAGACUUGUCCCUUUAAAACACAGUUCGACUCAGCGUAACCUAAUUGCCUUAUGUCGACAGAGAGAGAGAGAGUGAGAAGAAGACGAGGACUGUAAAAAGAUAGAAGGCAGGGAGAAAACAAACGGAAUAAUAAAAAGCCUAUCUCGCUUGUCGACUGAAACUAGGAUUUCAAAGCCAGACAGAGUGACAUUAGUUGGGCGUCAAGUGAUACAAGUUUACAAGAGCUUCGAAAGGAAGCGAGUGAGACUAAGUGAACUAUGUUACAUUUGUCUGAGUCAGUUGUCUGAGUGGCUGGAAUUUAGCUGCACAGAGAGAGAAACUUGCAGAUACAGCUCCAACUACUGCCUGGAUUCAGGAAACUCAGCAAAUACGGACUACAGUGUUACACACUGAAAUAUUUUUACUAGUGAAAAAAGCUCGUUUGUUUUGGAAAUAUUCUCAAGGAUUUCUACUACUCCAGACAGCAGGCUGAAGAGAUCCCAGAGAUGAUUAGCUGUAGAAGCUGAGACUUGACGAGACAGAGGAUCUUGAAUUAGGUGCUAUUCUAAAAGCCUAACAGGCUGUAUAGUAUUGGUGUUGAAGACAGGUGUGUAGUCUUCCCUUGGUCUUUGGUGUGUGGCCUUCUCUGUGCUGCAGUGGAGGGCUUCACAGACACAGCUACUGUGGCUGGAUGCAUCACGCAGUAGAGCAGUUUGGCGGGCGUGGCACACGGGACUCCUUCCCUCUGGACGGACUCAGCCGGGUACCAUGGCCUCCCGUGGUCAACCGCCCCACCUGGGCGCAACCUGCCAGGUGUUCGCCAGGUGUCAAUCAACACCAACUCCUCCCCCAUCCAGCGCCAAGUCACAUGGGCGGACUGAACCAUCCCAGUAAAUUCUUCAAUAAUGGGCCCAUGCAAGUUCGUGGCGGUGAAAAGCUGGAGCUGUCCCAGGCCAUGUUACCUAGCCUCCAGAGAGGGGACCAGCAACGCCCCCUUCCUCCCCCCCACCGGGUGUGGGAGCAGUUGGGUCAGCUGUAUGACUCCCACCCCCCUCCUCAUUCACUUGUACCCCUACCUAGCGACCACGCACCCCGCCUGCACAGUGGUGGAUAUAGCACUAGGCCUCCUACCCACCUGCCUUCCAGACCCAAUCAGCUACUGAAGUAUGAGGGUCCUCAGGAGCAUCAUGUUCCCAGGGGUCCAGCAUCACUGGGUGAUGAUAUGUGGUCUCAGGUUCAGCAGCAGCAGCAGAGGGGUUACCCAGGGAAAAUGUUGGGGGGGCAGCUGAAGAGGCCGGCCCCCCCUCUGGGGGAGCACUCGGUCAUCCAGCACACCCCGCCCCCCUCCCUUCACCCCUCUCGCCCCAAUGAGGACUGCCCCAGUCCUAGCAAGAGGAAGAGGAUGGGGAGCUCUGAGCAGAUUCCUCACCCCGGCACGCAGAGGUUCUCUGGCCCAGGGGGACACCCCCUGCCCCCCCAGCAGCAGCCCCCGGCCCACCUCCCCCCUCCCCCACCCAAACCUGCCUUCUGGAACCCCAUGCAUAAGGGGAACGCCCCCUGGGCCCAGCCCGAACGCAGGAACGGGCCUUCAGAGUUCCAGAUCAGAACUGACUCAGCCAAGUCAGGUCUGGGUGGCUACACCUACAAACCUCCCCCUCCCUCUGCCCCCUCGCCAAUCUCCCCACCCCGCAUCUCCUCCCUGGGAGACUACCCCAGGGGCGCGGGGGCCCCCCACUCCACAAGCCCCAGUUCCCACCUCAGGCCUCAAUCACCCCACCACAAUAACCACCCCCAGUACCCCAAACAACCAGCUCCAGCCCCGCCCUCAUGGGAUGGAGCCCCGGGGAGGUCCUCCUACCCCCAGAGAGGCCCUACAACUGGGGGCCGAGGAAUCCAACAACCAGCCCCUCUCUCAUCCUCCUCCACCAACGCUCCAGCAAGGGGGGACAGUAGAGGAGAAAGGGACAGUAGGGAGCCCCCCAAACCUCACCAGCAAACCACACCGGCGUGCCUUACAGCCACAACCCCACCCCCACUUCCGCCCCACACGCCCACAACCCCGUCCUCCUGCCCUGCCUGCAGCACCGCAGUACGUCAGCAGCACAACCCACCACCCCACACCACGAGGCCUGGCGGCCCCAGGGCCAGGAGUCAGGUCUCUAACAGGGCAGGGCCGGUAUCUCAGGGGCAGCAUCAGAACCAGGUUCGGGGAGACCCGGGGUCCUGCGGCCCCUCCAGCAUCAUCAGCACCCGCCGCCCCCAUCAUCAGCCCCGCCUCAGCCUCCCCAUACUCCUACAGGACGCAGUCAUCACCCCCACCUUCACCCCCCAGCCCCCCUGCUCACAGUCACAUAACAACCGCUACAGUAGUAGUAUGACUGGACCUGCACUCUCCACUGUGACCACAGCGCCGCCUGCUGUGUGUUCAGCUAACAACACCCCCAGCAGCAGCAGCAGGAGAGGCAGGGAGACGAUGGGAAUGCUCCACCAGACCUCAGUUCCAUCUCAGCUGGAGAGGGACCCAGAGAGGGGGCCCAUCCACCCCAUGCUGCACCCAGGUUAUCAGGGAGCCCGUGUGGGCACUGCCAGCCACCCUCACCCCCAGCGGGCACCACCCAGGCCCCAGCAGCAGCCUAGCCACCACCACCAACCGUCUGUCCAGGGGAAGGGUUACUACGGACGGCCUGAGCCUGAUCGCACUCCUUCCUCUUCGUCAUCAUCCUCAGGACACCAGAGGGCAGGGGAGAGCGUCAUCACCAGCAGAGGGUCUCACCCCAACCCCCUCCCGCAGACGACGGUCACUAGCUCACCCCAUGACCGCACCAUGACCGCCCCCCAAACCCAAACGGUCAACUCUGCCCCUCAGCCAGCCUCCAAUCCCUCUUACUCCAGACUCUGUGCCCAGUCUACACCCCAGCCCCCCCAGGCUACCACCACCUCAGCCCAGGGGUAUCUUAACUCUCGACCCCAGCCACCUCCACCCCAGCCCCCCCAGGCUACCACCACCUCAGCCCAGGGGUAUCUUAACUCUCGACCCCAGCCACCUCCACCCUCAGCCCCCCAGUCCAUGGAGGAGGCCCUGGAUAAACUGGAUGCUGAGCUGCAGGGUCAUAUGCAGGAGGAUGAGGAGAGGAAGAGGAGGAUGGAGAGGAAGGCAAAGGAGGAGAUGAGCAGGAGCAGUAAGGGGAGAGAGGAGUCCGCCAUUGAGAGUCUGGAGAGACUCCUGUCAGGCAGCACUUCUUCUGCCCCACCUCCUCCUCGCCUGUCCACUGUCUCCAACUCCUCCUCCUCCUUUGUCCUACCUCCACCCCCCAGCCAGUCCUCCUCCUCGCCCCCCUACCCCUGGCUGAGUCGGGCCGGGGCACCCCCUUGUCCCCCAGGCCAGGCACCACCGUCUCCCGCCCCCCUGGAGAGGUCGCAGCCGCCCCCUCUCACCCCCCAGACGGAGUAUGCCAGGGAGAAGCAGAGGCAGAGGGAGAAAUGGGGUGGGAGUCCCCCGUCGUCAUCUCACAGUAGUAACGUUACCUCAGGGAACAACGCCCGGUCCUCGUUGGGGCUUUCCUACCCUAACAACCCCUCUGCUGUUACCUCUUACCCCAACCACCCCUUAAAUAACACCACCAUGCGAGGCACCCCCCGUCCACCCAAAGACACCCCCCAACCCAAGGAGAAGGCUAGUCAGCAGGCCAGAGGAGUGAUGGGGGCUACAGGUCCCCUCCACAGCUCCAUCAGCAUCACCCUCCGAGAGCCCCCCAAACUCUUCCAGGCUUUCCCCAGGGACAGCCUUUCGUCCGGGACCAACCCCUCCAGAACCACCAGCAGCACCUCCAGCACAGGGGGUCUCCUCCACAAGCGCAUGCCCAGCGGAGGCCUAGGCAGCCUGGGUAGCAGCGCCAGCAGCAGCAGCAGCGGAGACUCGGACAGCGCCCAGUUUGAGGAGGAACCAUCGGAGCUCUCUACGUUACUCCCAGACGGUCUGGCCAACAUCAUGGCCAUGCUGGAUGAGUCCAUCAAGAAAGAGGAGGAAUCUUUCUAUAGCAGCGACCGAAACAGAGCCAGACAAAACAUUGUCAACACCUUCUCUGAUACCAUGCCACCGGAUAAGAGCUACCUGUGUGCCCCGGACCUCAUUCCGGCGCCCAAGCAGCAACCGCAGGACGACUUUGUUGGAGCGAACCUCCACGCCAGCCCCCCCGUGCUGAGCCGACAGGGCUCCCUGGCCUCCCCCUGCAGUCGGACCUCCUCCCUCAACGAGGAAGAGGAGGAGGGUUGUCCCACCCUGAAACCCGCCCCGGAGCUCCACAAGCCAGCCGUCCCUCUCAACCCCAACCCCCAGUCGGGGACAAACUACCGCCACAGCGACCUGGCUAAACUCUACGGUCUCCCGGAGCCCGCGAAGAGCGAAUGCGACGACGAAGAUGAGGAAGAGGAGUCGGAGACCCCGUCCAGUUCCCCUCCCCCGCCCCAGAGGCCCCACCUCCACCAGACGGGGGUGAGCAGCACCUUCAAGUCCCAGGCCGCCCUGGAGAACCAGAAGUACACCUACAGAGGAGGUCCGUUUGGCCGCCCGCCCCCCUCCGCUCUGGGGGGAGUGAAGUACUCCUCUUCCCUCUCUCUGGGUCCCGACAUCCAACAGCAGCAGAAUAGCACCUCCCCCACCUCCGAUUCCACCAAUCACCCGGGCUUUACACCGUCGUUGACCCCGCCCCGAAAGCCCCGCCCACACUCUCCCUCCAACUGGGAGGCGAAGAGACAGGUCAAUAUCAAGAUGGAGGAGCCUGAUAUCUGGAGAGAUGGGAGGGAGGCCAUGGAGAAGAGGAUCCAUUCCUCAAACGAAGAGUCACAUUUGAAUCCCCCCACACAAUCCAUCAAGAUGGAGCCGAAAGAAGAGAUGAAGCUCACUACCAUCUCUGAGUCUUCUCUGGCCGAGCUGGGCCGGAGCUGUGAGGUCUUCCUGACCCGGCACUCCAACUCCCUCCCCAGCAACAACACCUCAGACAGGACCAAGACUGAGCUGAAACACGAGGACAGGCACCACAAGCCUGAGAGAGAGMGGGAACGAGACAGAGAGAGAGACGGAGAGACAGAGAAGAAGAGGAAACACGGCAGCAGCAAGAAACACCAGGACAGGAAAGAGAGGAAGAAAAAGCACAGAGAGAAACGAGAGGAGAUGUCCUCCUCCCACUCCUCCUCUUCCUCCUUCCAAUCCAGUUCCAAUUCCAAACGGCACAAGGAGGGCAAAGUUCACAAGGAGAAGAAGGAGCACCUGCGGAUCCUCGGGAACCUGGACCUCCAGAGCAAGGAGAUCCGGGAGAAGGACCGCGACCACGUUCACUCUGACAUGGAGAGAGACCGGAAGAGGGGGAAACAGGCCGGUUCCACCAGCGGAGACGAACCCUCAGAAUGGGCGUCCCAUAGUAGAAGUGAGAAAAGUUCUGGUGUCAUGUCCUCUUCUCAGGGCAGUGAGGUUGGAUCGACACUGCAGGGUUCGGCUGCUGACUUCAUGAAACUGAAGGCCCUGUCGGACGGGCCGCCCAAGGAGCUGAAGAUCAGGCUGAUCAAGGUGGAGAGCGGAGACAGAGAGACGUUCAUCGCCUCGGAGGUGGAGGAGAAGAGGACACCCCUGGAGGAGAUCAACAUAAACAACACAGCCGCAGAGGUCACACGGGCCUGCAAGGGUGCGAGGGUGAAGGGGAAGUUCAGAGAGUCCUACCUGCUCCCUGCGUUCUCUGUCAAGCCCCUGUUUACCACAGAGCCCAUCCCACGGGAGAAACUCAACCCUCCCACACCAAGCAUCUAUCUGGAGAGUAAAAGAGAUGCCUUAUCCCCAGUACUACUGCAGUUCUGUACAGACCCCAAGAACCCUGUUACUGUCAUCAGAGGACUGGCCGGAUCCCUACGACUCAACCUGGGUCUGUUCUCCACUAAGUCUCUGGUGGAUGCUAACUCUGAGCAUGCUGUGGAGGUGAGGACCCAGGUACAGCAGCCUGCUGAUGAGAACUGGGACCCGAGCGGCACGGGGCAGACCUGGCCCUGUGAGAGCAGCCGCUCACACACCACCAUCGCCAAGUACGCCCAGUACCAGGCCUCCAGCUUCCAGGAGAGCCUCCAGGAGGAGAAGGGGAGUGAUGAAGAAGAUGAUAACGAAGAUGAGGAAGACAAGGAGAAGAAGAGUAAGGAGACUAGCUCUGAGACAUCUAACAAAGACCCCACAAGCAAAGAGGCUACCAGUACCGAGCUGAAACCAGUGGGGAAGAUCAUCAAGUUUGGCACCAACAUUGAUCUGUCAGACCCCAAGAGGUGGAAGGCCCAGCUGCAGGAGCUCCAGAAGCUACCAGCCUUCAUGCGCGUGGCGUCCAGCGGUAACAUGCUGAGCCACGUGGGCCACACCAUCCUGGGCAUGAACACGGUCCAGCUCUACAUGAAGGUCCCCGGGAGCCGCACGCCUGGCCACCAGGAGAACAACAACUUCUGCUCUGUGAACGUCAACAUUGGGCCUGGAGACUGCGAGUGGUUCUCUGUGCAUGAAAACUACUGGCCGGCCAUCAACGACUUCUGUGAAAAGCAUGGAGUAGACUACCUGACCGGUUCCUGGUGGCCUGUUCUGGAGGACCUGUACCGCUCCAACAUCCCCGUGUACCGCUUCAUUCAGCGACCAGGAGACCUGGUGUGGAUCAACGCAGGGACCGUCCACUGGGUCCAGGCUGUGGGCUGGUGCAACAACAUCGCGUGGAACGUGGGACCUCUCAACUCCUACCAGUACCAGUUGGCCCUGGAGAGGUUUGAGUGGAACGAAGUGAAGAAGGUCAAGUCCAUCGUCCCCAUGAUCCACGUGUCCUGGAACGUGGCCCGCACCGUGAAGGUCACCGACCCAGACACAUACAAGAUGAUCAAACACUGCCUGCUGCAGUCCAUCAAGCACAUCCAGGUUCUGAGAGAACAGCUGGUGACAGCAGGGAAGAAGAUCUCCUACCAAAGCCGGGUGAAGGAUGAGCCAGCCUACUACUGCAACGAGUGUGACGUGGAGGUGUUUAACCUGCUGUUUGUGACGUCUGAGAGUGGCAGCAGGAAGACCUAUGUGGUCCACUGUGAGGACUGUGCCCGCCAGAGGAACCCCAGCCUCUCCAACAACGUAGUGGUGUUGGAGCAGUACCGCAUGGAGGAGCUAAUGAGUACCUACGACACAUUCAACCUGGCUGCAGCACCCAGUUCACGGUGAUGAAGAUCCUCCACGUCUCGCAGCCAUAACCAAAACUCCUGCCAGACAGGACUAAACACACCUUUUAAAAUGUCUUUUAACCUUUUUUCCUUCAUUAUUUAAGAUUUUUUUUACUACUACUUGCCGAUCAAAACAGCCAAUCGAAAACCAGUUUACUACUCAUCAUCACUGUUUACAAAACCAAACCGCCAAUCAAACUCCAGUUUACUUUUGUUGUCUACGGUGCUCAAGACCAGCUUACUGGUUUCUGGAGGACUUGAAAAAACGGAAAGGCAGUUGGUGCUAGCUACCAUUGUAAACAAGCAACUGGGUGGACGGUUGUCAUCAAUGGCAUGAAUUUGUGUUAUUUCCGGAUUUCUUAAAACAAAUUGUCGUCUUGAAUACUGAAAUGUGUAAAUGCUGUUUGUAUUUUUUUGUGGGGUGCUGUUUUUUUUCUAAAAUAAUUUAUUUUCCUUUUUUUUAAGACUAGAUCAGCCUAGAUAUAUACCACAUUGGCCUUGUGACUUGUAUUUAGAAGAUAAAUAAGAUGGAAAAUACUAAUAAUAGAGAGAUGACAUUUUUCUAAAAGCAUUAAGAAUAAGAAGACACUUUUUGUUUGGAAUGCUUCGAAACAUACGGGUUUUAAAGACAAUUUUGUUUUUUAGUUCUUGUCUUUCUGACUCUUGUAUGUGUUGUAAAUUUUGUGUUUUUACAAAUGUAUAAUGUUUAUUUCCUUAGGAGAGAGAAAGAAGGCAAUUGUCACACCUCUUUAGGAGUACAUCAGGUCUUUGUUUUAAUGAAUUGUUUCCAUUUUUCAUUGUGAUUAAUAUUUCAGUUGGUGUAAUAAUUAAUUGUGUUGUACCUCUGAUUUCAUUUUGUUUAGAGUUUUUUUUUUUAUAUACAGAUUUAUUCUUUUUUUGGGGGGGGGGGUUGUACAUUGUUCUUUUUUUAUUUAAAAUGUGUCUCGUAUUUAUUGGAUGUCAAUGUUCUCCCCUUGUUUUUAUUAGGGUUGUACAAGUUUGAAAGGUUUUUUAUGGUGAUUUCUAAGUCCUCUGUCACAACUGUGUUACAGGAGGACAAGGUUUUCUCUGGUGCUUCUUCUGGUUCUAUAUAAUAAAUGAUAUUUCUAAUGAAUAUAACUUACACCUUCCCCUGUAGUUGCUAGGAUACACAGCUGAGGUAGAAAAUUGACUAACGGAAUACUGUCUUUGUAAUGCGUGAAAAAAACAAAACUACAUUUUCUGUACAUUUUUCUUUUCUUUUUUAUCUGAGAAAAUGUAAUUUAGUUUUUCAACCUUUUUAGGGGCCUUUAGAUUACAUGAAUGAUUUAAAUAAUAUCUGUUGGAGUAUUGACAGCUCUCUGAUGAACAAUUUCUUAUUUUUAUUCCUUAAGAUGAGAAUUCUAUUUUUCCUGUUCCAAAAUACCUUUUCUUUUCCUUCUCUUUGUGGUCAUUCAUUUUAAACUGCACUGUUUAGAGAAUUCACAGACACACACACACACACACACAUACACAACAAACUGAGCCAGACAUGUCUUAAACACUUUGUGAAUUUAUGUGACAUUACUAUGACUAUUAUUAAUAAAUAAAUGCUUUUGAUGAAGCCACAUUUGCAUAUAUUUUUUUGUAACUUUAAAAUUAAAUUGAGGGUACUCACCUCAGCUGAACCGCUAA